AUGGCUGCAGACUCAUCCAACGCAUCGACGCCAGCCAGUACUGGGAAGGCCUCGGCGUGUUCCUUACCUCCAGACAAGGUCUUUUCCAUCCAGAUCGGAUCCGAGCUCUUUCGUCUCUCGGGGGCCUCGAUUGCCUCGGAUGCGCCUUCAUACUUUUCACGCUUUUUCGAAGAGCAAUUGCGGUUUGUGGACUCUGCCAACGUGCGAGCCCUCUAUAUCGAUCGCGACCCUACAACCUUUCAAGACAUCGCCCGUCAUUUACAAGGGUAUCACGUUCAACCGCGAGAUGGCACGCAAUUUGUCAAGCUCUUCGCCGAUGCGCAAUUCUACACAUUGCCCCGACUGAUGUCCCAACUAUUCGAGUCGGAGAUCUUCAUCCAAAUCGGCGACCGCCACUUUCAAAUCCCUCGCGACAUCUUCUCUAGUCCUGGCGAUUCCCCCAACUUCUUUACGCUGGGCUUUGGUGCCUUUUUCGCCUCGCCCACCGAGGUGUUUCCGGGUCUCGACCGUGUAGGUCUCCUGAGGCCUCCAGCGAUUGUCCCCCCUAGCGUUCCCAAUCGCUCCGCGGAGGUCUUUGCUGAGUUGUUGCACCUUCUACGUGGAUAUCCCCUUCACAUUCGGAAUGCCGAGCACCGUGCCGAGCUGCUUCGUGAUUGUCGAUACUUCCAUCUUCGAGGCCUGGAGCAAAAGCUGAUUCCCCACCGUAUUGACUACAACCCAUACCGAGGUCGAACCGAAAUUGUCGUUCGUCUUGAAGAUGUUCGUCCAUCGGGGGUUCAGUACAAACCUGAUCCUACAGGUCGUCCGGGAGCUGGGUUAAUCAUGUACGCACGUCCGUUUGUUGAUGAAGUUCCAGCGGAUUUGGUGCUGGAGAUCCCGGAUGCUUCAACAAUUGUGAACCGGAGGCAUUGCCGCGCGGACUUUUUAGGGUUGACAAAAUCGCGUGUGGUGAGUUUGCUGCAAGUGAUAGCCAAAAAGAUGAAUCUAGCGAAUGGGCAUUUUGAUGCCAGCUCCCCCCUAGGUAUACGCUGGGACAGAGCUACGGAUCUAACGGUCGACGGAGAAAGCAAUCCUGCCGGCUUUACUUUGUCACCUUCCGAUGCGGGCCUGGACACGCCUCCCGCCAAGCGCGCGAGGACAGAUGGGGCUAGCGAUGCCAAUGCGGAGAUACUCCUGGUCCGAACUGGGCAGUGGCGAUUGGGGAUUGAAGAGGAUAGCAACGGGACUCAUAAAGCCGUUUUGGUCGCGAUCAAGCUAGAUAUAUGGACAGAGUCGCGAGUCCGAAAUCAACAUCAACAAUUUUUGUAG